CACGGAGGGAAGACGCAGAGUUAGAGACACGGAGCUGGACUGGCUCCUGUACCGGACUAACUGGCCCCCGUACCGGACUAACCGGCCCCGGUGGACUCAGGCGGACUCACGGUGACUCGGACCGGGCAAUAGUGACCCCGCCCCCCCGGGACCCGGACCCGCGCGCACCCUUUGUCCGUGGACCUAAACUCGGCUUCAACUUUCGGCGGGGCUUCGUGCUGUGGCUCCGGCCUCCGUGGGACCAGGUGAGCGGCCGGUCCCGGUGUCUGGUUCCGGGGUUCGGGUGUCUGGUUUCCCCGGGGACGCGCGCGCUGGUUCUGGUUCGGUUUUUAUCGGUUUUUACGGAGCGGCAACGACGACGAACGGAGCUUUUUCGGCUUGUGACGCCGGACACGGAGCACCGGGACGGACAUGGAUGUACCCGGAGACGCGGAGCACCGGCGGCCGAGGCAGGGCGUCCGGAGCCCGGCGGAGAGUGGCGCGAGGAGACCGGUGGGUCCGCGGAGCCUGGCGGCGGUUGUGCUCCUGCAAGUUCUGUCCGCCCAGGCUGCCAUCCAGUUCACCAAGGAGCCCAAGUCCCAGGAUGCAUUGCACGGCCGCAGUGCCAUGCUCCGCUGCGAGGUCAGCGACCCAGCCGACAUCCACUACAGCUGGUUCCACGACGGACGACCGCUGGAGAACGAUGACCGCCGCUUCCAGGAGGGUAGUAACCUCAAGUUCACCGCUGUUGACCGACAGCUGGACGCAGGAAACUUCGAGUGCGUUGCCCAGAACACGGCGAGCGGAGAAGUCCUACGGUCCACGAACGCAUCCUUCAACAUCAAAUGGCUGGAGAGCGGCGGCGUGACAUUGAAAGACCCUGCCUCCGAAGCGGAAAUCGAGAGUUCAUCGCCAGUGACGUUACGGUGUCACAUCGACGGACACCCGCGGCCGACCUGCCAGUGGUUCAGAGACGGCGUGAAACUGACGGAGAAGAGUCACAUGAUCAACAACAAAGAGCGGACGCUGACGUUCAAGAGCGCCGCCCCCGACGACAACGGCGUGUACUACUGCUGCGCCAAGAAUGCCGCUGGACACGUGUGCAGCAACAGCAACUUCACACUCAACAUCAUCGAUAAGAGUUUCCCUCGGACUGUGGUCAGUCCUGAAGACCAGGUGGUGCUGAAGAACGAGGAGGCGGUCUUCCAUUGUCAGUUCACCGCCGUGCCCCCGCCCACUCUGGAGUGGUACCAUGACAACGAGCUCCUGGUCAACAAGUCCAGGGUCAUCCUUCUGUCCAAUGGCUCAGUGGUCAUCACUCAGGUCAAACCCAGGAACACUGGCAGGUACAGGUGUGUGGGUCGUGGACUCAGAGGAUCCUCCGUCAGUCUGGAGGCGGUGCUGGUCAUCGCAGAGAUAGAAGACAUGGUUCCAAAGGCGUCCAGGGUCUUCACCGCUGACACUCUUCAGAGGGUGACCUGUAAACCCCCUCGAGGACGACCCCAACCUGAGGUCUGGUGGGAGCGGGGGGGUGGGCGGGUCCCCACCGAGGGGCGGGUCCACCAGGACGGGCUGGACCUGGUCUUCAGCCCCACGGAGGAGGGGGACUCUGGGGUCUACACCUGCGUGGCCCAGAACAAGGCGGGACGGAGGACACAGGAAGUGACCUUCACUGUGGCCACGGCUCCAGUCUGGGUCACCAGGCCUCAGGACAGUCACUUUGAAGAAGGAAAACCCGGGUUCCUGCACUGCCAUGCCCACGCCAACCCAGAGCCAGAGGUCACAUGGCUCCGCAACAACAUCAUGAUCACACCAGAGGAUUCUCGUUUUAAACUCUUCUCUAAUGGAACUCUGAGGAUCAACAACGUGGAGGUCUAUGAUGGUCUGGUCUACGGCUGUGAGACCAGGACUGUGGGGGGUCAGUUGUCUGGACAGGCCCGGGUGGUGGUCCUGGAGAAGCUGAAGUUCACCCCCACCCCCCAGCCCGUCCAGUGUCUGGAGUUGGAUAAGGAGGUGACGGUCACAUGUUCUGCAACGGGUCGACAGAACCCGACUGUCCGCUGGAUCAAAGCAGGUGGAGAGCUACCCCCCCACGUGGAGCAGAAGAAUGGCCAACUCCACUUCACCAAAGUGACUCGCAGCGACGCUGGGAACUACACCUGCAUCGCCUCCAACAGCCUGCAGGGGGAGAUCCGAGCAGUGGUGUCCUUCACAGUGGCCGUGUACAUUGGUUUUAAAGUGGAACCAGACAACAUGACGGUGUACCAGGGUCAUACAGCCGUCCUCCACUGUCAGGCCACAGGAGACCCUGAACCAUACAUCCACUGGAUGGUCAAGGACAAGACCCUGGACAUCAGCCGCAACCGCAGGUUCCAGAAGAUGCCCAACGGUUCCUUGGUCAUCACAGACGUCACCGCUGACGACACUGGAAAGUACACGUGCAUGGCAGGAAACAGCUGUAACAUCAAAGGACACAGCGCUCAGCUCUACGUGGUCGAGAAACCGUCUCAUACUGGCACCGACGACGAGGACAAGGCUCCGUAUAAGAUGAUCCAGACCAUCGGCCUAUCAGUGGGGGCGGCUGUCGCUUACAUCAUCAUCGUCCUGGGGCUGAUGUUCUACUGCAAAAAGAGACGUAACGCUAAACGCCUCCAGAAAGGCCAGGACGGCGAGGAACCGGAAAUGGAGUGUCUGAACGGCGGGGCUGUCCAACAGAACGGUCACACCACCGCUGAGAUCCAGGAGGAGGUGGCGCUCACCAACAUGGGUACCAUGGCAACCACGGAGAAACGCCACAGCCACGUCAACAACGACAAACUGCACUUCCCCCGAGCCAACCUGCAGACCAUCACCACCUUAGGUAAAGGCGAGUUUGGUGAGGUCCUUCUGUCCAAGGCCAAGGGCGUGGAGGACAGUGAGGAAGAGACUGUGGUUCUGGUCAAAAGUCUGCAGAGCAGAGACGAGCAGCUGCAGAUGGACUUCCGCAGAGAGGCCGACAUGUUCGCCAAGCUCAGCCACGCCAAUGUGGCCCGCCUACUGGGGGUGUGUCGGGAGGCGGAGCCACACUACAUGAUCCUGGAGUACUACGACCUGGGAGACCUGAAACAGUUCCUGAGGAUCUCAAAAAGUAAAGACGACAAAGUCAAAUCUCAGCCAAUCAGCACCAAGACCAAAGUUUCCAUCUGUGCCCAGGUGGCUCAUGGGAUGGAACACCUGUCCAACCACCGCUUCGUCCACAAAGACCUUGCCGCCCGAAACUGUCUGAUCAACAGCCAGCGACGCAUCAAAGUGUCGGCGCUCAGCCUCAGUAAGGACGUGUACAACAGUGAGUACUUCCACUACCGCCAGGCGUGGAUCCCACUGCGUUGGCUUCCGUCAGAGUCUGUUUUUGAGGACGACUUCUCCACAAAGUCGGACGUGUGGGCGUUCGGCGUGUUGAUGUGGGAGGUGUUCAGCCACGGCGAGAUGCCCUACGCCAAACUGAGCGACGACGAGGUUCUGGAAGGUCUUCAGAACGGGAAGCUGAAGCUGCCGGUUCCUGACGGCUGUCCUUCAAAGAUCUACAAGCUGAUGGUUCGCUGUUGGGCGCCCAGCCUCAAAGAGCGCCCGUCCUUCACAGAUGUCGUCCAUGCCCUCGGCGAGCUGCCGUCCGACAGCAAAGUCUGAGGCCGAGGGGUGCCGGGCAGAGCCCCUCCCCCAAAACAAAGACAGGAAUGCUGGAUUUUAUUAAUCUCACACAUUUCAGGGAAGAGUCGACGGGAGGAACUUGUUUUUUAUGCAUUUCAACAAAAGAAAUAAAGAAAGAAGCAGACGAACGAAUGGAAAAAUGUGGGUGUGAGAAUCAGACUCAACGUUAUUUCCAUGGAAACGCUCAUUAUUUGUGUGGGCAGAGUCUUGUGAGCUGUGCCAGGAGUCUGCCUUAACCACAGCAUGGAUGACCACGCCCCUUUGUGAAGUCCCAGUGUGUGGAUUCACUGUGACCACACCCCCUCAAGUCCCGGUCUACGGAUCUACUGUGACCCCAUCACCUACUCCAGUCAUGGCCCUUGGGUCCACCCUGACCACACCCCCUCCAAGUCCUGGUCUAUGGAUCUACUGUGACCCCGCCUCCUACUCCAGUCAUGGCCCUUGGGUCCACCCUGACCACACCCCCCCAAGUGGUCUAUGGAUCCACUAAGACUCCACCCACUUCUCCGGUCUUGGUAUGUAUCCACUUUGACCCUGCCCCCUCUAAAUCCUGGUGUGUGGAUGCACUGUGACUCGGCCUAUCAGGUGUCACAGCCUCAGUGGCUCCACCUACUCGAGGAUUCGCUUCCACGGAAAUUAACUACAACAUUUAGACGCCGCAAAGCAGAUGGAACAGAAAUACCAGGACGUUGGCGGAAGCGUCUGAUUAUCGUUUUCUUUUGCCUGAAGGUGAAGCAGCUGAGUCCUGAUUGGCUGGAGGAAGCUACGCCCACUGACCUGGAUUCGGGGGGGUUGUGUUUGUGGGUGGGGUUUCAGACUUGUGGGAAAUGUCGUCCGUGUUGUGGUGACGCUUCAGGAACAUCAACAUAAACUUCCUGUGUUUAGCCAAGAACUGAAUGAGCAGAGUGUUUUAACGAGUAUCGUUUUAACUGUGGUGCUGAUGUCACUACCUGUGGGUACGAUUACCCAGAAUACAGAAUACCUAUCACUGCGACGCAACGGUGGGGCUGGGCGAUGGACUCGGAAAUAGUAUCGCGAUAAAAAUGUUCGCAUUAGUUCAUUAUCAUUAGAAAAAAACAGAUAUUAUUUAAGGGUGUAAAUGAUUAAAGAUGAAAACAAUAAAACACAUUACAAAUGUUACAAAACUAUUACGAUGAGCAAGAUGAAAAUAAAGUCAAAGGCACAAAAAGACAUAAAUGAUGUAAAACUCACCAUAAAAAAAAUAAAACGUGUUUAAAAAAAAUUCUGUAAAAGUCUGAACAAGACAAAAAGUUGCAACAAGAUGAAAAAUGGCAGAAAAUUUGCUUAAAGUAAAAAACAACAUAAAA